CCGCGCGGGCCGCCAUGCAGCCCGGACCGGUCGCAGACUCGGGGGAACCCGUCGCCGCCGCCGCCGCCGCCGCCGCCACCGCCACCGCCUACAUCUACGCCCCGGAGUACAUCGAGAAAUGCGACUCCCUGUCCAAGGUCACCAAACGGGCCAGUAUGGUGCAUUCUCUGAUUGCCUCUUACGGAUUGCUGAAGUACAUGAGGCUGGUGAAACCCCGAGUGGCUUCCAUGGCGGAGAUGGCCAUGUUUCACACGGACGCUUACCUGGAACAUCUGCGGAAAAUCAGUGAAGACGGCGAUGAUGACAAUCCCGAAUCCUUGGAGUACGGACUGGGCUAUGACUGUCCUGCUAUCGAGGGAGUGUUUGACUUUGCUGCUGCAGUAGCCGGGGCCUCUCUCACUGCCGCUCAGUGCCUGAUUGAUAAAACCUGCCAAGUUGCCAUAAACUGGCCUGGAGGCUGGCAUCACGCAAAGAAGGACGAAGCCUCUGGCUUCUGCUACUUGAACGACGCUGUCCUGGGCAUCUUGAAGCUCCGCGAGAAGUUUGACCGAGUUCUGUACGUGGAUCUGGACCUGCACCAUGGCGAUGGCGUGGAAGAUGCAUUCAGUUUCACAUCUAAAGUAAUGACCGUGUCUCUUCACAAGUACUCCCCUGGAUUCUUCCCAGGCACGGGCGAUGUGAAUGACGUGGGAAUGGGGAAAGGGAGGUACUACACCGUGAAUGUCCCACUGCAAGAUGGCACUCCAGACACCCGCUACUGCCAAAUCUGUCAAAGUGUGUUGAAAGAGGUGUACGCGUCCUUCCACCCCGAGGCUGUGGUCUGCCAGUUGGGAGCAGACACCAUCGCUGGAGACCCCAUGUGUUCCUUUAACAUGACGCCAGUCGGAGUGGCCAAGUGCUUACGUUACAUCCUGAACUGGCAGCUGCCAACUCUGGUUCUUGGAGGAGGGGGCUAUAACCAUGCCAACACGGCGCGCUGCUGGACAUACCUGACUGCUAUUAUCCUCGGAAAAAUACUACCCUCAGAGAUUCCCGAUCACGAGUAUUUUAUAGACUAUGGGCCAGAUUACGUGCUGGAAAUCACCCCCAGCUGCAGGACCGAUCAGAACGAUUCCCAACGCAUCGAACAGUUACUUAGCACGAUUCAAGGAAAUCUGAAGAAUGUAAUUUAAUAUGUGACGGGGGUGAACGGAAGAGAAGAAGAGCCUUUUAACGCUGGAGGUUACAGCUCCAGGGGAGGCGGGGAUGGAACAACUUGGAAGUUGCGAGUCAGCAGAUGUGAUUGUCCAGACCCGAAGCCCCGGUUUAACCCUUUCCUGUUCACCUACACAGACCAAUCCCCGCAGAGGCUCAAAGACUGUACAUCACCCUGUCGCUUGGUCCCCUUUUCUUUAUUAACCUCGGUUGCUGUCAAUAUACUUUUAUUCCUAUUCAGAUGCUGCUUACAAUCUGACGCACCACGUCAGUGGAGUCUUGGUUUAACUGGUACCCUCCCCCCCCCCACACACACACACGCGCAAACAAACAUGGGGAACGGGCAGCCAUCAGUGAAACCAUGGAGAUUGGGGGAGAAAAACACG